AUGUCUAUAGACUUCUGUCUUAUCAUUUUCUUAGUUACUUUUACUAAAUUUUUUUCAUUUUUAGUUGAACAAAGAACGCAAGCUCGCGUUGCAAAUUCCACAAUCCGUGACGAUCGAACUGCCAACAUCGAGCCUUUACAUACGAAUGCAGGCGAUAUUCCUCCAAACUUUCCGCAAGAUUUCAAUGCUAUUCGGAAUGCACAGUCUGCCGAAAUCACCGCAUUACUUACUGCCUAUGGUCAACCGACAAAUGGAAACCUUAUUACUCGCAAAAGACGCCUUGCCAAGUAUCUCGGGAUAAGAUCGUUAUUUUAA